AUGGAGUUAGGAAAAGGAAGACUUCUCAGGACGGGGCUGAAUGCGUUGUAUCAGGCAAUACACCCAGUUCAUGGCCUUGUCUGGACUGAUGGGCGUCAGGUAGUCCUGACUGAUUUACAGCUUCACAGUGGAGAGGCCAGGUUUGGGGACUCCAAGGUCAUUGGACAGUUUGAACAUGUGUAUGGAGUGUCCUGGGCCCCCCCCGCUGUGGCUGACGUGCCCGCUCUGCUUGCCGUCCAGCACAAGAAGCAUGUUGCCUUGUGGCAGCUGUGUCCCAGCACUACGGAGACAAGCAGAUGGCUGAUGUCGCAGACCUGUGAGAUUAGAGAAUCACUUCCUGUCCUUCCCCAGGGCUGUGUGUGGCAUCCAAAGAGUCCUGUCCUGGCUGUGUUGACGGCACAGGAUGUGUCCGUCCUCCCAAGCGUCUACGGUGACAGUCCCCAGGUGAAAGCAGACGUCAACACCAGGGGCCUCAUUCACUGUGCCUGUUGGACCCGGGAUGGCCAGCGGCUGGUGGUGGCAGUUGGCAGCAGCCUGCAUUCCUAUAUUUGGGACAGUGCUCAGAAGACUCUUCUCAGGUGCUCCUUCUACCCAGUGUUUGCUGUGGACAGCUACGUGCGCUCCAUCGGAGCCACCGCAGACUCACAGGUCGCUGUAGCGACUGAGCUUCCACUAGAUAAGAUUUGUGGCUUAAAUGCAUCCGAAACUUUUGAUGUUCCUCCUGGUGGGGAAGACACUCGUCUGUGUGCCUCGCUGGUUACUGAUGAAGGACCCACCGGGGAUCAGGGGGUGGUUGCUUCUGAAACACACUUUGAAACCUCAGUUUCUCCCAUUUCUUCUUCCUUUUCAGAUCCUCUGGAUCUAACUCAUAUACAUUCCAGUACCGCCAAAUCGGAGGGUAGUUCUCUUAUUUGUCUAAAAAAAAAGGACUACUUGACAGGAACCGGCCUGGAUUCUUCACAUUUGGUCCUUGUGACCUUUGAGAAAGAGGUCACCCAGACCAGAAAAGUCACCAUUCCCGGGAUUCUGGCUCCCGAUCUAAUAGCAUUAAAUCCUAAAGCACAGGUGGUGGCGGUGGCUUCCAAUACGUACCAUGUCAUUUUUAUCUAUUCUGUCAUUCCAUCAUGUGUGCCAAAUAUCCGGCAGAUUCAGUUAGAGAGAAGUGAAAAGCCAAAAGGCAUAUGCUUCUUGACAGAUAAGUUAUUAUUGAUUUUGGUAGGAAGACAAAAAUCCACUGAUUCAGCAUUUCUUCCUUCUUCGAAGACUGAUCAGUAUAUCAUUCGUUUGAUUGUUAGAGAAGUAACAUUGGAAGAAGAAUCUCCAGUAACAGCAAGUGAAAACCAGAGUGGAGUCUCUACUCUCAGUAUUCUAUUAAAUAAAACAGAUAGAAAAAAGCUAAUUGAAAGUCUUUCCCCAGACUUUUGUCACCCAAACAGAGGGCUCUUAACAGCUAACGGCAGUGGGCAAAGCGGGAGGCCUGGAAAAACCCUUAUUAAAGAAAUCAAAAGUCCUCCCACCAGUGUCUGUGACGGCCCCAUCGCCCUUGACGCUCUAGAUGGUGAGCCUGUUAACCGCUCGGUAACGCUGCCCAGAUCCAGCAGCACACCCCACCACACCCUAACUCCCGAACCUCCUGAUUGGCCUCCAAGCAAGAACUUACAAAGGGAAAAGGAAAUUUCCCGGCUGUCUAAGGAAAUGGAAAUUUUAUCUAGGACCCUGACUGAAGUGCAGCAACGUCUCUCUGAACUCACAGACGUUCUACAAAAGGAGAAGUCCUCUCCUGGGUAUCCACUCUCUCAGGACCCGCCCUAUGUGCACGUCGCUUAUCAGAAAUCUUAUUAUGUAGGUCCUGUUGUUGAAAAAAGAGCCAUACUCCUCUGCAAUGGCAAACUAAGGCUCAGUACAGUCCAGCAGACUUUUGGCCUCUCUCUUGUCGAAAUGCUCCACGACUCCCACUGGAUCCUUCUCUGUGCUGAUAGCGAAGGUUUCAUCCCAUUAACAUUCACGGCCACCCAGGAAAUAACCAUCAGAGAUGGCAGCGCAAAUGUCUUCACGGACUCUGUUUCAGAGUCUUAA